CAACAAAUCCCGCCUCCCUGUUGCCAUAACGACGUUUGAUCGACGUGUGCCAAGCUCCUCCCCACCGUCCCAACGUCCAACAAAACAGGGGAUAGUGUGACAAGCUGUGGGAUCGCGGCUACCCGCUCUCCCUCAGCCGGUCGUGUAGCGGCAGAAAACAGCACUCACCGUUAUCGUGUGCAUGCGUUGCAAGACUGUUAGAGAGAACGUUCACCUGGCCUCUCGCAACAUGUCAGCCGGCGGGACUAGGCCCAAAUGUGUUCUUAGAGCCACUUAGCUCGGCCAAACGAGAACGGCAGACAACCAUAUCUACUACAGAACGGAGGGCACAGCGGUGUACCAAAGGGGACCGGUCGGAGGUGGUCCGGCAACCUCUCGUCUACUUGGCACUAGACUCAGCUCUCCGGACAUUAUGAAGAUGGUGCAAUGUGCGGGCUGCGACCGUCCCAUUCUGGACCGUUUCCUGUUGCACGUUCUGGACCGUUCGUGGCACGCCAAGUGUGUCCAAUGUUGCGAGUGCAAAUGUAACCUGACCGAGAAAUGCUUCUCUAGAGACGGAAAACUCUACUGCAGGAACGACUUUUUCAAGAGAUACGGUACAAAGUGUGCAGGAUGUGCUCAGGGUAUAUCACCCACCGAUCUAGUUAGGAGGGCUAGAAGUAAAGUAUUUCAUCUAAAAUGUUUCACAUGUCUCGUAUGUCGGAAACAACUGUCUACGGGAGAAGAACUUUAUGUACUAGACGAGAAUAGGUUCAUUUGCAAAGAUGAUUAUUUGAACAGCAGGCACAGCCAAGGGGUUUUGAUGGCCAAUUCUCCAUCGGAUCCCAACGAUCUAGACGAUGCAAUGGAUGGUUCCAUUGAUCCAGACUUAGGUCCAGUUAUCCGCGACACCGAUCGAGAAUCUAGUGUAGAAAGGGAUCUACAUAACGGAAUGGUGGUCACUGCUCCCGGACCUCCACCUCCCAGUGCCACCAUCAGCCCCGUCGGAGCCACACCGGGUUCAAUUAAUAAUGGUACUAGCGGAGCGGGAGGAGGUGGUGCGAAUAGCGACAGUGUAAGUUCUACCAACGGUCAAAAUCAAAGUCAGGCUGUACAACCCAACGACGAAAAUCAGCCUGGGACUAAAAGAAGAGGGCCUAGAACAACCAUCAAGGCCAAACAGCUGGAAACAUUGAAAGCAGCCUUCGCCGCAACUCCCAAACCCACCAGGCACAUCAGAGAGCAGCUGGCUCAAGAGACGGGCCUCAAUAUGCGGGUUAUACAGGUGUGGUUCCAGAAUAGGCGGUCUAAAGAAAGAAGAAUGAAACAACUGAGUACUUUGGGGGCCCGACGCCAUUUUUUCCGCAGCCCCAGGCGCGCCAUGAGACCUUUACGACCGGGUAUGUCGCCCGAUGGAUUGGAUGACAGUCCGGAAAUGGUGGGAGCACCCAAUUCCGGUUUCGCCUAUUUUUCUGGAGAUUAA